AUACGUAGUAGGUCCCCCCAAAAAACCUGCAGCGGAGUGUGGGCAGUGAGAGGAUGAGCUACAGAGCGCCGUACACGGCCGAGUCUUCGCCGGCGAGGCGACCGCGUGUUGCACGCGUGGGCAGUCUCGGUCCUGCAGCGCUAGAAGAGAUCAGCCCGGAUUCCCCGCAGUCGCCGUCGGCCUACGAUCGGUCGUCAAAACGUCGUCUAACGGUGUGCGUUGUGGGCAGCGGAGGCGUCGGGAAGAGCUCGCUGACCGUCCGCUACCUCAACAACCAUUUCCCCGAGUUUUACGACCCAACAGUUGAGGAGAGCUACAUCACACAGAUGGAGUAUGGGUUUGAUGCACACGACGUCGAGAUUGUGGACACUGCUGGUCAGGAGGAGUUUAUGCUGUUCAGAGACACAGCUCUAGCCCAGGGAGACGCCUAUCUCGCCCUGUUUGCCAUCAACUCCGUGUCCAGCUGGUACAGUCUACAGGAGCUGCGAGACAAGAUUGUUCGCGAGCACGAGGACGAAGAGAACAUUCCCAUGGUCAUUGUGGCAAAUAAGAGCGACUUGGAAGCAUACAGACAAGUCGAAUUUGGCGAAGUAUCAGAGUAUUGCCGGAGCAUAAAGUGCCCCUUAGUGGAAGCUUCAGCCAAGACAGGGCUGAAUGUGACGGAAGGUUUUAGAAUGCUAAUGGACAGAGUGUCAGAGAUUCAGCCUGUAAAGUUUAGAGACUCAACUGCAAUACCGAAACUACGUCACACGGACGACGACAGCAGAAAGAGAUGUAUCAUAUCAUGAAAAAUAUUAUUUUUAAUGCACCUUUUUUAACUCAAGGUUUGUCUACACAUUUUUGUGUCACACCGCUAUAAUUAAGUGAGCAUAGGUUUUUUUAAAUCCUAAAUAGUCGGUGGGUUAACAAAACACCAAACGCACACACAAACAGCAAGUUCACACAAAUAAUAAUAAUUAUGAUAAUAGAGAUAUAAUAUUGACAAUGGUGAAAAGUGAGCUAUUGAUAAAAAAAAUAAACAACCUUUAUAAACCACAAAGAUAAUGAAACAUCCCACGCUGCAUACAAAAUACCACAGAUGGUCGGGACAAGAAUGCCGUGGCCUCGCAUGCUCGUUAGCUGCUGUCUCUGCAGAGUAUGGCGCGGGGGAGUCAGAAACUUUGGCAGAGCCAUGAGCUGGAGAGAAUUGAAAUUAUAGCAUCUUUGGCCAGUGUUCUUGAAACAGUUCUCCAGUCUAGUGCCAUUCCUAUAGGGACAUACAGUACAAAUACGGCAGUAAAAAUACCAUAACACUAUAGAUAAUGAAGUUCAGAGGAAAUGAACAGCUAAAGGGCUGCGACAUGUUCUAAGAACCGAAUGGCUUUAUGGUAGGUAAGACGAUGUCAUAGGUUCUAAAAAUAAACGAAUCACGAUCUGAGAGUGGCUAGAGUGGUGUGGUAGGUAAGACGAUGUCAUAGGUUCUAAAAAUAAACGACUCAUGAUCUUAGAGUGGUGUGGUAGGUAAGGUUCUUAAAUAAAUGACUCACGAUCUUAGAGUGGCUAGAGUGGUGUGGUACAUAGGUAAGACGAUGUAAAUAAACGACUCACGAUCUUAGAGUGGCUAGAGUGGUGUGGUACAUAGGUAAGACGAUGUAAAUAAACGACUCACGAUCUUAGAGUGGCUAGAGUGGUGUGGUACAUAGGUAAGACGAUGUAAAUAAACGACUCACGAUCGUAGAGUGGCUAGAGUGGUGUGGUAGGAGCUGCUGGCGAGAUGAUGGUUGGUUCUCAGCACACUGCACUCCUCCAGGGUGACCGACAUGCCAGUCCGGUCCUUCCCGCUCUUGCAGCAGGUGAGCCGUCCUCCGCACAGUCUCUGGCACAGCUGCUCCAGGUAGAGGAAAAACUCUACGUUCUUGGGCUUGUGGGAGGUGUGCUGGUUCUGGACCUUGGUGAAGAGAUCUCUCACUCUCUCCAGCUCCAGCUUGGCCUGGGCCG